AUGCUCAAUGCGGCAGCCAUGAAGGACCUCCUGUCGGAGAAUGUAGACGAGAACGCCUCCCACUUUGCCUUCUUCUCCCGCGCCGGCACCAUCAUGGGCCACGACCACGCCGCCGACGUCAAAGCCGUCAAACGCUUCGCCGCCUUCGCCGCCAACACCUGGGCGCACAACGACAUUUCUAUCAAAGAGACAGGUCGUACGGUCAACCCUUUGACGCCCGGCACUACGAUACUCCAGGCCGUGAUCAACGAAGACGGUAGCGGGUUGCAUUGCUUGAUCGUGCAGGUUAAUGAUUUGGUGGGGGCGGUGACGCAUGUGAGGGAGGGGACGUUGUUGGCGGCGUUGAAGGGGAAGGAGGAGUUUGUGGGGGAGACGGAUGAGGUCGCCGCUGGGAUCAAGGGGGUUGAUCUUUCCAAAGGGGGUGCUCAAGGGAGGGAUGUUUCCCAGGGGGAUGGUGUUUCUGAAGGGGAGGAUAGCGGUUCAGAAGAUAGUGGGAAGGGGAAGGGGAAGGGAAAGGAGGUAGAGGAAGUGGAAGAGGCAAAGCCGUCGAAGAUUCAGAUUCUGGUGUGGAGAUCUGAGGGUAUGGGGGAGUAUAUGGCUAACGAGCUAGGACCGAAGUUCAGGAUCCCGAAGGGUUUUCACUGA